CUCUAUCCUUUUCCUAUCUCUAUGCGAAGCCGUGGAUGCUGUUUCUGGGAUGGGGAAGGAUUGCUACUAAACAGCGCAGCAGCAGAGAAAGAGCCGGACCAGGGAGGAAGGAAGGAAGGGGGGGCACGUGCAGAGGAGCUCAGCACAGCUGUCCAGAUUGCUGUCUUUUAUUCCAGAGCUGCUGGAGUUAUUGGCGAAGAUGAAAUUGGAGGAAGAAGUCGCGACAGGAUGCGCCCCGGAGGAAGCGCUGGAGGGAGCAGGAGGAAGAGGCCUUCAGGAGGACCCGGACACUGUAGACUGCAAACCCAAGAUGGAGGACAGAAGGCAGUCCCCAGAAGCAAUGAGAUCCCCUCAGAAAGCCACUCCGCAGCCCGUGAAAGAGGAGCCGGAAGAGGGCUUCUCCCGCCAGUGGGAAUCCCAGUGGCAGGACUUCCUGAGGACGGUGGAGCCCCCUUGCCAGGGCCCGGAAGCCCAGCCUGAGGAGCCCACCCCGUGGGGCGACACAAAGGCCUUCCUGGCCUCUUUCGAGCAAGUAGCCGCAGCCUGCCGCUGGCCCCGGGAGGAGUGGGUAGCGCGGCUAUUGCCGGCCCUCCGAGGAGAAGCUGAGCUGGCCUUUGGCUUGCUGGAGGGCAGAGACCGGGAGGACUACAGGAAGGUGAAGGCGGCCCUCUUGCGCAGAGAUGCUCUCGGCCGGGAGAAGCAGCGCCAGCACUUCCGGCGCUUCUGCUAUGGGGAGGCCAAGGGCCCCCGGGACGUCCAUGGGCGGCUGCAGGAUCUGUGCCGCCAGUGGCUGGCCGUCGAGAGGCACUCCAAGGAGCAGAUCCUGGAGCUGCUGGUCCUGGAGCAGUUCCUGAGCGUCCUGCCGCCCGAGAUCCAGAGCUGGGUGAGGGAACGGGGCCCCGAGACCUGCUCCCAGGCAGUGGCCCUGGCCGAGGACUUUCUGCUCAGGCAGCAAGAGACCGAACGAGACGGAAGCCAGGUGGUGGCUGUGAAUUUCUCCGAGGUAGAAAAUGCUCCUGAUGGUGGGGAACAAGAGGGGCCACUGUGCGCUGAAACAAAGCAGGAGGAGGAGGACCAGGAAGCCAGCAAGUUGGGCCAGGAAUGGAUGGCUGCACACGAGAGGGAGAUGUUCACAGCGGAAGAUUCGGGCCGAGCAGGGGUGUCCCUGUGGAAAGCAGAAGAGGUGGCCCCCCAGGAAAAUGCUUCUGCCCGUCAGGAGAGGCCUGAGGGCCAGCUGAGGAACUACGCGGGAGGGGAUGGAGACGGAGCUGUACUUUUGGGGGGAGAUUACACAGCCCUCAUUGUGACCACCGUCCAAGCAGGAGUGGACACAGGGAAGAAGCGGAAUACCUGCAGAGCUCACGGGAAAAGCUUCGGCCCAGGCUCCAGCGUGAUCAAGAGCCGCCGAGCGGGAGCGAAAGCCCACAAAUGCCAGGUCUGUGGGAAGUUCUUCCUUUCCGGCUCAAAGCUCAUCAUCCACCAGAGGACCCACACAGGGGAGAAGCCCUACGAAUGCUCGUCUUGUGGGAAGACGUUCAGGUCCAGCUCGGUCCUUUACCGUCACCAGAGGAUCCACACGGGAGAGAAGCCUCACAAGUGCCCCGUCUGCGGAAGGAGGUUCGGCAGCAACUCCAACCUCAACCGGCACCAGAGGAUCCACACCGGGGAGAAGCCUUACGAGUGCGCGGAAUGUGGGAAGAGCUUCAUCCAGAGGGCCAACCUCAACAAGCACCACAAAAUCCACCAGGGGGAGGGGAAAAGCAGGGAGGGUUUCGGCACGAGCUGAAAGCGCAAAAUGGGUGUGACGUGUGUGCACACAGGAGGAAACCGCUUAAGAGAUCACGGAUCACGGAGAGACACUUUUCAGAGGAAUGUUUCAGAAAAGGACACAGAAAUUCCUGUGUUGCAGGGGGUUGGGAUGGAUGACCCUAGGGGUCCCUUCCUACAAUUCUGAUUCCGUGAAAGUGAAUUCAAGAAACCCCAGAGGGCUUUUCGGAACUGCUCCCUGUUCUGGGUGCGUUGAUGAGGUGCAAGAUCUUGUGGGGUGAGGGGGGCACUACUGGGAGUGCGCUGGCUGCUCCCCAUCAUUCGAUUACAGGUGCUGAGCGCUUGGGAACGACUCUGGCAAGAGCGCUGUAAAAGUGGAGCACAUCCGAAACAUCAAAGAACACCCCCAGGUGAAGAAAGCCAUGUAAAGCAGUUGGAAGAAGUUGCACUAGCGGACAUGAAAGUAUACAGACACAGUACUAACUAUUAGAAUGUUUAGGAUAUCUUCUGAAACACCAGGGAGCUUGCAAGGAGCUUCACCCUAUAUGGCUAAGAUUCUCUGGCUUUUGGGGGCAGCAGGCUUACUUGGGAACGUGCAAAACUCUUGAACAUCUUACUUCGCACCAACAAACUCACACUGGGGAGAAGCCAUUUAAAUGUAUGGAGUGUGGUAACAGCUUCAGGGGUCAGCCAGGACUUACUACAAACUCAUAAAGGGGGAAAUAAAGUUUAAAUGUAUGGCGUUUGUGUGGUGUUCUGGUGUUUGUAUGGAAAUUUAUAGGCACAUGUAUUAAACUAGUGCACAAGACGUGAUUCUGGAUAAUAUGGGGAGGGUGUGAAUCUGGGGUCUUGGUGGUGAGUGAGCUGAGUUUUGAUGCCCCCUUUUCACUGCCCAAAUGAUGGACCUACCUUGUCCUUCACUGUUCAGAUACAACAGGUGCUCACUACCUGAACUUUGCAUAAUCCUUUGAAUACCAUUUUUAUACUACGAUUUUCCAGCUGAAUGAAAAGGUUUCUGUACUAAAAAAAAAAUCAUUUGGUAUUUUAAAACUCAUCGGUUGAAUUUUCCAUAUCCAUACCACUGGAACACUGACCAUCCCCUGUGCUACUCAUCGGUUUGCUAUAUUGUUAGUCAAUAGGCCAUGAUUAGUCCAUUUUUAAGAGCUACAGUACCUUGCUUUAUCUCGUAAUGUGUUUGACCUCUUUUCUAACUUCCUGCCCACCGUUUAUUCAAAUAAAGUUUCACAGUAUGAUGACUGG